AUGAGCAUCAACGAACAGGCACUGGAAGUGGCAAGGCAAGCCAACCACCAGUACAGUCAGCAGGCGGCAGUUGUUGGGCAGCCAGUACACCAAGCCGCCCAGCAGAUGUUCUGGGAACAGAGACGUAAGCGUGGUCCCCACGCCGGCCUUUUCCUCGACGGGGAUGCAGGUGGCGCCACAGAUCGAGCCGAGCCCAACACGGUUCCGCAGCCACCGCAGUCUACUACCACGCCAGGCACGGGCCUCUUUCAGCCCGUUGUUCUGGAGACAGACGUCGCCUACCAGUCCACGGCCAAUUCGAUGGGAGUCGACAUCCGCGACCAAACCGCCAUGGAGAGCUGGCUUGGAGAGCAGAUUACCACGCGUGUGCAAGUGCUGCAGACCAUCAGGCACUACCACACAGCGGUCAUCAGACCGGAACUCUACAACCUCAUCAACCAGGUGGAGACAACGCUGCUCAACUUUGAUGACAGGCUACUACGCCAGAACAGGGAGCUCCAGUGGCUCUGUUCUGACAACAGGGCGGAGCAGCGCAGAGCUUCUGGCAUGACGGUCUUGCUCACAGGAUUCCCGGCUACCUCGCCUCCUGCAGAGAGACACUUCAUGAUAAACUGGAUGUUGGCUCAGGUAGAUUCUUUGAAGACCUUCCUGAGACAGAGAGGCAAUGAUCCAGACUCAGGCUCUGACUUCAUCAUGUUCCAGGUCCUCACUGCAGAUCCGACCACCCCGCCAGCAGGCAGUGAAAGGUGGAGCACAGUUUGCAUGAUCCACUUCAAAUCCUGGGAAAGCCGUUCGGCAUUCAUGGCGCAGUAUGGAGGCGCAGCAGGUGUGCCAUACUACAGGGAUUCCUGGACACCUGUCAGGAAUACCCACAUUAGAGCAACCCCAGCAUCGCCUCAGUUCCAGAGAAAAUUGGAGCUCCCGCUGCGAGUCAUCCUGAAGGCUAUCAAUACCAUUGAGGCUGACAACAACCAGGUAGUCAUCUUGUGGAAGACCCUCACGGUGAUGAAGCCACAAGCGCAAAGGACCUUUGACGAGCAGAUUGAGGCUGUUGCCAGGCUUCACUACGCAACAGAGCAGGGGCAGCUGACUGGGGUUCUUGAGGUCAACCCUUACCUCUGGGACCUCCUCAAGACCAACCCGCCUUCUUGGGCAAUGUCCGAUGACACCUCUGUUUGGGACUAUGCCUGGAAUGUUGUGGUCUUUGGCAUCCAGCACGAGUUGGACCUUGCUGAGCGCGAGCUGUAUAGCGCUGCCCACCUCAACGCCAAAGGCGAUGGGAAGGGCCUCAAAGUCGGUCGACCACCCCGCCACUGGACUGGCGCCGGCAAUUUACAGCUCAGAGCACUCCCCCUGCCCAAUAGAGCUGCGUGUAAAGAGGGUGGAAGCGGUAGCAUUUGUUUGGGAUGA